CUCCCGUACAGCCGCCAUGUUUGACCUGGAGAGGGGCUGGAACUUGUCGUUCGCCGGCUGCGGGUUCCUGGGGGUUUAUCAUGUGGGGGUGUCCAGUUGUCUCCAGGAACGCGCCCCCCAAAUCCUCACUCGGGCCAAUAAAAUCUACGGGGCCUCGGCUGGAGCUCUCAAUGCUGCGGCUCUGGUGUGUGGCUGUAGCCUGGCCCAGUGCUGCUCGGAUGUAUUGGGGGUAGCCAAGGAAGCCAGGAAGAGAAAUCUGGGGCCCCUACACCCUUCCUUCAACCUGGUGAAGAUCUUGAAGAAGGGACUGUACCGAAAUCUCCCCGAAAAUGCCCAUGAGCUGGCGACUGGGAAGCUCUGCAUAUCCCUCACCCGAGUGUCCGACGGAGAGAACGUUCUGGUGUCGGAAUUUAACUCCAAAGAAGAACUGAUCCAGGCUUUAAUAUGCAGCGCCUUUGUGCCCAUUUACUGUGGCAUUAUCCCACCGUCUUUCCGAGGGGUGCGGUAUGUUGAUGGCGGAAUCAGCAAUAAUCUACCUGAAUACGACUUGAAAAACACAAUCACAGUCUCUCCGUUUUCGGGGGAAUCUGACAUCUGCCCGAGGGACACGAACUCCACAAACUUCCAUGAGGUGCGACUGACUAACACCAGUAUCCAGUUCAGCCUGGGGAACCUGUAUCGACUGACACGUGCGCUGUUCCCACCCGAUCCCACGGUUCUUGGAGAGAUGUGUCAGCAGGGAUACAAUGAUGCACUUAGAUUCCUUAAAGACAACAACCUGUUAAACUUGCCAUCACCUGCCACUGACCUGCGCCUGGCUUUUCCCAAAACUGAACCUCUUUCCCACCACCUGACCUGCGACUGCUCAGUGAAGAGUAAACGGGAAGAAGAGGAGGAUCUGAAGCGGAAGGUGUUGGAGGGACAGACCCCGUGGUCUCUGGAUAAGAGAAUCAUGGAGAGGCUGCCGCCCAGCUUGUGUUAUGUCCUGCAGGAGGCAUGCAGAGAGAAGAACGGACUAUACCAUCAGAUCUCCAGCCUUUUGCCCAUGCGGGUGGCUUCCUACAUGGUGAUGCCCUAUACCCUACCGGUGGAGUCUGUAUUUUCUGUUGCUUUAAGGUUUGUGGAUUGGGUUCCAGAUAUGCCGGAAGAUAUGCGCUGGAUGCAGGAACAAGUGUGCUCCGUCGCUGGGGCUGUGUAUUCCCAGGCGAAGAAGAGACUCUUCCCAUCAGUCAGGUCACCGGGCCAUGGUACCCUACGGAAAUGCCUGAGCCUCCCACCUCCGCUCCAUCACGCCACUUCCUACCUCUCCACCAGCAACAACUUCUCCUGCAUGGACCUCGAGAGUUGGGUCUUUGACUUCUCCUGUCCCUCACACCUCGGGGACCACCAGGAUCCCAGCAGUCCCCCAACAGAACUGGAUUCUGUGGAUCAGUCCAAGUGCACUUUCAGCUUAGAAGACUCAGGGGUAGAUGUGAACUUCUCGACCGAUCCGGAAGAUUCAGCUUCAGAACUUGAAUUGUCAGGAAAUUCCUUCUGAAUCUGGAUUCUCGGGUAAUAAAAGGAGAUCCCUAACGAUCUUGGGAACCCCGAUUGUCAAUUGCAAAUAAGUUGGGGGGGGGGUUUCAAUGAUAAGGAAAUCAGACCUCAGUAUUCAUGUAGUUGUGGAACUGGAACAUUAAUAGGACCACUGUCGGACUGGGUUAUUGGGUGCCCAUCAGAAAAUGUGACCCAACAUCGUGUCCGGUACCACCAACCAGCUGCAAUGAUGCGGACCCCAAUGGGAUUUCUCUGGUGGGCCAGUCUGACCCUGGAUAAGACCACUCCAAGUUCUGGAGGAAAUAAUGAUAAAUUGGACAAAUCCAAGACAUUACCGUAUUUAAUCUAAAAGGUGCUCUGAAAGUCCAUCCGAUACCCCCAGAUACUAUGCCUUUUUUUUGGGGGACCCUUAACCAGCAUUUAAUUAUUAUGUUUCCGUUCUUGAGUGUGGCUUCCAAACUACAAUGCUCUUAGUCCUCUGGCACUUGAAAGGUUAAACACGACGGGUUCUUAUUUGCCCCCUUUUUUUUCACCUCGAAGGUUUAACCCCCUUCUCCUAUAAUGCACGUUCUGUUUUAUGGUGCU